CUUAGUGACAAUUUUACACAACAUGAAUUUGCUGAUUUCAACCAUCGUAUGUCAUCAUUUGCGAACCUUCCCGAUUACGUGGACUGGCGGGAAAAGGGAGCAGUGACUGAGGUUAAGACGCAGGGACACUGCGGCUCAUGCUGGGCCUUUAGCACUACCGGGGCUCUCGAGGGCCAAGUUUUCAUCAAGACUAAUCGUUUGAUAUCUCUAUCAGAGCAAAACUUGAUCGAUUGUACGAGCAACUACAGAUGUCGUGGCUGCGGGGGCGGAUGGAUGAAUAAUGCUUUCCAGUACAUUAAGGACAAUGGCGGGAUCAAUACUGAGGCUUCAUAUCCAUAUGAAGCGCAGAAUGACCAGUGCAGAUAUAAUCCCAAUAAUGUAGGCGCAACCAACAACGGAUACGUAAAAAUUCCGAGGGACGAAAACAAGUUGAAGGAGGCAGUGGCAACUGUUGGCCCUAUAGCAAUAACCAUUAACUCUUUGCCGUCAAUCCACCAUUACGGAGACGGGGUAUACUACGAUCAGGAUUGCGAUCCUGACAAACACAACCAUGCGGUUCUAGCUGUGGGAUACGGCACGGACGCGGACGGAGGUGACUACUGGAUCGUGAAGAACUCCUGGGGCAAGGGAUGGGGUCGCAGUGGCUACAUCAAGAUGGCGCGGAACCGGGACAACAACUGCGGUAUAGCUAGCAGUGCCUCGUAUCCCCUUGUCUGAUUUCAAGGACAUUGUCGGCUAACGUCUC